GUUGGCUAAGGCUACGGUGGUGGCUUAGGCACCGGCUACUGGUGUCGGGGGCGGCUCCUGGUGCAGCUAGGCGCACGGCCAGCUCUCUAGUUCGGAACGGAACGCUCGGAGUCGCGGGCCCCGCCCGGAAAGUUUGCAGUGGAGCUGCGACCUCCUGGCUGGUGCGGCCCGGCAUGAAGCGGCGCUAAGGAGCUGCCGCCGCCGCCGCCGCCGCCGCCGCCUCCUGAGGAGCCGCAGCACCCUGGGCCACGCCGAUGACUACUGCAAACUGUGGCUCCCACGACGAGCUCGACUUCAAACUCGUCUUUGGCGAGGACGGGGCGCCGGCGCCGCCGCCGCCGCCCCCGGGCUCGAGGCCUGCAGAUCUUGAGCCAGAUGAUUGUGCAUCCAUUUACAUCUUUAAUGUAGAUCCACCUCCAUCUACUUUAAACUCACCACUUUGCUUACCACAUCAUGGAUUACCGUCUCACUCUUCUGUUUUGUCACCAUCGUUUCAGCUCCAAGGUCACAAAAACUAUGAAGGAAAUUGUGAGAUUCCUGAAUCUAAAUACAGCUCAUUAGGUGGUCCCAAACCCUUUGAGUGCCCAAGUAUUCAAAUUACAUCCAUCUCUCCAAACUGUCAUCAAGAAAUAGAUGCACAUGAAGAUGACCUACACAUAAAUGACCCAGAAAGGGAAUAUUUGGAAAGGCCUUCUAGAGAUCAUCUCUAUCUUCCUCUUGAGCCAUCCUAUCGGGAGUCUUCUCUUAGUCCUAGUCCUGCCAGCAGCAUCUCUUCUAGGAGCUGGUUCUCAGAUGCGUCUUCUUGUGAAUCUCUUUCACACAUUUAUGAUGAUGUGGACUCGGAGUUGAAUGAAGCUGCUGCUCGAUUUACUCUUGGUUCCCCUUUGACUUCUCCUGGUGGCUCUCCAGGAGGCUGCCCUGGAGAAGAGUCCUGGCAUCAACAGUAUGGAUUUGGACACUCCUUGUCACCAAGGCAAUCUCCUUGCCAUUCUCCUAGAUCCAGUGUCACAGAUGAGAAUUGGCUGAGCCCCAGGCCAGCCUCAGGACCCUCAUCGAGGCCCACCUCCCCCUGUGGGAAACGGCGGCACUCCAGUGCUGAAGUUUGUUAUGCUGGGUCCCUUUCACCCCAUCACUCACCCGUUCCUUCUCCUGGUCACUCCCCCAGGGGAAGUGUAACAGAAGAUACCUGGCUCAGUGCUUCUGUCCACAGUGGAUCAGGUCUUGGUCCUUUACUCUUUCCAUUUCAGUACUGUGUGGAGACCGAUAUCCCUCUGAAAACAAGGAAGACUUCUGAAGAUCAAGCUGCCAUACUACCAGGAAAAUUAGAGCUCUGUGCAGAUGACCAAGGGAGUUUAUCCCCAUCUCGGGAGACUUUAAUAGAUGAUGGCCUUGGAUCUCAGUAUCCUUUAAAGAAAGAUUCAUCUGGUGACCAAUUUCUUUCAGUUCCUUCACCUUUUACCUGGAGCAAACCAAAGCCUGGCCACACCCCUAUAUUUCGCACGUCUUCAUUACCUCCACUAGACUGGCCUUUACCAACUCAUUUUGGACAAUGUGAACUGAAAAUAGAAGUGCAACCUAAAACUCAUCAUCGAGCCCAUUAUGAAACUGAAGGUAGCCGAGGGGCAGUAAAAGCAUCUACUGGGGGACAUCCUGUUGUGAAGCUCCUGGGCUAUAGCGAGAAACCAAUAAAUCUACAGAUGUUUAUUGGAACAGCAGAUGAUCGAUAUUUACGACCUCAUGCGUUUUACCAGGUGCAUCGAAUCACUGGAAAGACAGUUGCUACUGCAAGUCAAGAAUUAAUAAUUGCCAGCACCAAAGUUCUGGAAAUUCCACUUCUUCCUGAAAACAAUAUGUCAGCCAGUAUUGACUGUGCAGGUAUUUUGAAACUCCGCAAUUCAGAUAUAGAACUUCGAAAGGGAGAAACUGAUAUUGGCAGAAAGAAUACUAGAGUACGACUUGUGUUUCGUGUACACAUCCCACAGCCCAAUGGAAAAGUCCUUUCUCUGCAGAUAGCUUCUAUACCUGUUGAGUGCUCCCAGCGGUCUGCUCAAGAACUUCCUCAUAUCGAGAAGUACAGUAUCAACAGUUGUUCUGUAAAUGGAGGUCAAGAAAUGAUUGUGACUGGAUCUAAUUUUCUUCCAGAAUCCAAAAUCAUUUUUCUUGAAAAAGGACAAGAUGGACGACCUCAAUGGGAAGUAGAAGGGAAAAUAAUCAGGGAAAAAUGUCAAGGGGCCCACAUUGUCCUUGAAGUUCCUCCAUAUCAUAACCCAGCAGUUACAGCUGCAGUGCAGGUGCACUUUUAUCUUUGCAAUGGGAAGAGGAAAAAAAGCCAGUCUCAACGUUUUACUUACACACCAGUUUUGAUGAAGCAAGAACACAGAGAAGAGAUUGAUUUGUCUUCAGUUCCACCUUUGCCUGUGCCUCAUCCUGCCCAGACCGAAAGGCCUUCCUCAGAUCCAGGGCACCCACAUGACAUUAUACUGUCAGCACAGAGAAACUUGGUUUGUCCCAUCCAGCAAGCAUAUGCAUCCAUGGUAACUUCGUCCCAUUUGCCACAGCUGCAGUGUAGAGAUGAGAGUGCUGGUAAAGAACAGCAUAUGAUUCCUUCUUCAGUCAUGCACCAGCCAUUUCAAGUUACACCAACACCUCCUGUGGCAUCUUCCUAUCAGCCUAUGCAAACUAAUGUUGUGUACAAUGGACCAACUUGUCUUCCUAUUAAUGCUGCCUCUAGUCAAGAAUUUGAUCCAGUUUUAUUUCAACAAGAUGCAGCUCUUCCUAGUUUAGUAAAUCUUGCCUGUCAACCACUGUCACCUAUAACAUUUCAUUCUUCAAAUUCAGGCUCAACAGGACAUCUCUUAGCACAUACACCUCAUUCUGUGCAGACCCCGCCUCAUCUGCAGUCAAUGGGAUAUCAUUGUUCAAACACAGGACAAAGAUCUCUUUCUUCUCCAGUGGUUGACCAGGUCACAGUUCAGCCUUCCCCUCAGUUACAACCUAUUACUUAUGGUCCUUCACAUUCAGGGUCUGCUACAACAGCUUCCCGAGCAGUCUCUUGUCCCCUGGCUAGUUCACCACUUUCUGGGCCACCGUCUCCUCAGCUGCAGCCUAUGCCUUACCAAUCUCCUAGCUCAGGAACUGCCUCAUCACCCUCUUCAGCCACCAGAAUGCAUUCUGGACAACACUCAACCCAAGCACAAGGUACAGGCCAGGGAGGUCUUUCUGCACCUUCAUCCUUAAUAUGUCACAGUUUGUGUGAUCCCGCUUCAUUUCCACCUGAUGGGGCAACUGUGAGCAUUAAACCAGAACCUGAAGAUCGGGAACCUAACUUUGCAGCUAUUGGUCUACAGGAUAUCACUUUAGAUGACGUGAACGAAAUAAUUGGGAGAGACAUGUCCCAGAUUUCUGUUUCCCAAGGAACAGGGGGGAGCAAGCAAGCUCCCCUCCGGGGUCCCGAAUCCCUGGAUUUAGGAAGAUCUGAUGGACUCUAACUCAUUGCAGCCUUGUGUCCACCACCACUUUCUCACCAUGUUUCUCUCCUUGGAUCUUGGGUUUCCAACUCUACAGCCUUCAGGACUGGCACCAGGAAUUGGACUCACCAUUUGUGGGGAAAGCAGCAUUCCUCCACCUCAGGCCUUGGGUAGAUUUUAUAAAAGAACAGGCUUUGGGAAAAUGAGCUUUGCUUUUUAUAUUUAAAUAGGAUACUUUUAUAUGAUGGGUGCUUUGAGUGUAAAUGCAGCAGGCUCUUCAUUUCAGAGGUGCUGCUUUUGCAGGUGACCUGGUUACUUAGCUAGGAUUGGUGAUUUGUACUGCUUUACGGUCAUUUGAAGGGCCCUUUAGUUUUGAUGAUAUUUUUAAAACAGGAACUUUUGAUAAAACCUUCCAGAGGCAAACAAAAAAAAAGGAAGGAAAAAAAUUAUCUCAUGCCCAUACCUAUGCCUCAGAAACUCAGCAUGUGUCCUGAAGCCUUUCAUAGUCAUAGGAAAUAAAGCCAAAUGUAGCUUAUACCUCUUUAUAAAAGUAAAAUGUUAGAUAAAAUGAGAAGAGACCAUUCCAUCACCGAAGUGUUGGAAUAUAAAAAGACAUUCCAGAGCAUAGCCUUUUUGUAACUUUCUAGGUAAUCUUCCUGCAGUCUCUCCAUACUCACUCCCUGUUGAAAUUGCUUUUUACCCUCAGGACCUUGGGUAGGAUGGCUACAUGUAAGGUGACUUUGAAAGGUGAGGUUUUAGCUUGGUAGCUUUCACUUACUGCCAUCCUAAAAACUGCUAGGCUGUGUGGAGUGCUAUUCCUGUUUGUUUUCUGGUCCCAGAACCUUUUUCAGGUGGGAACAUUUGCCUUUGACUGUUCUGUAAUCUUUGAAGCCAGUCUCAUGAUGGUUUAGGCAGUUUUGCAGUUCUGACUCUUCCCUAGAGGCCAGGCUUUGUCAGAAGCUAAGCACAAAUGAGCUAUGCAUCAGGACGGGCAGAGAAAAUGCAGGAUGCCAGAUGGGAAGGCUUAUUCCCUAUUGUUUACAGCCUGAAAUAAUUCUGGCCUACCCUGUCCCGUCUCUAUGACCUAAAAACCUACCUUUUCCCCAGGUUUUGAGCACAUCCAAAAAUGAGGUGGCAUUAUAGACCUGACCCUCCACACCAAAGACACCCUGGUGCUGCUGCUGGUAAGACUGGUGUCCAAGGCAGGGGCCAGCAGAAACGCCAGCCUGCUGUCUACCAAAGGAGGUGCCCAAGUUGGGUACCUUUUUCAAACUCUGCCCUUAACCCUCCCCCUAAUGGGAUUUAUUGUCUGUUCUUGGGCCUAUUUUAAAGCCCCUGAAAUUUGCAGUAUGUUUUCCAAUGAAAUAAUGUACAUUCAUUUAUACAGGAAGCAAAUUUUUUGGAGUGCCUACAUGUGAGCCACUGUGCUGAGCUGGUUGAAGGUUUGAUGCUGUUAUUCCAGAGGAUUGUGGGCCCUAAAUGCCAAGACUAUCUCUACUGAGGCCACAUCGGUCCUCGGCUCAGGGGGCCGGGCCUGUUGUUGACCACUUUUAGUCAGCAGAGUAAAGACCUGUUGACCUAGGAUGAGGAAGUAUUGUUUAAAAAAAAGAUGUUUUCGAUUUCUCCCCUAAAACUAGUUAGAGAAAAUGUCUAUCCUUCAACAAAUCAUUCUGGCCCCUCUUGGAGCUGGGUGUUUUCAAACUUUCUUUGAAGACGAGUUUUGUGUCACAGAGUAUAGAUAGUGAGUAUUUUUGCCUCAGGGCCUGUGGUUGGAAGCCCACAGCUUCCUUUGGAGGACCAGGUGGGUGGCCUCUUAGAUGAAGUUCCAGAGAUGUGGCUAGACUUGCUUCUACCCUCUUGCCCCUGAUUUAAGCUGCCUCACACGGGGUUCUUUCAAGAGUGCCCCUUGUAAGGCCCUUUGGGUGUUGCUUUGCUGCCCUCAAUAAAAGUCUCUAUGAUCCAGAGUUGCUAUGCACCAAAUUUUGAUGCCUUUUAAAUACCUUGAUGCCUGUAGCACUAGAAAUGCUUUCCUAUUUAAAAUAAAAGUUAAAUUUUAAAACAGAGCUUUGUAUACCAUAUAAGCAAUUUUAUAUCAGCUUUAUAAAAGCUUUGGUAUAAGAGUCAGUAUUUUUUGGCUCUGUACAUAAAGACAUAAAAUUUUGUGCGACGUAGUGGUGUUAAAGCACACAUCUGUUGGACUAUGCAAAUUGAUUUCUAGUAGCAGCACUGAGCAGCUGGGCGUGUACUAGCGCAUACCCCUUCCCUCUCCAACCCGUGCUAGAUCUUGGGUUGAGGAAUGGAAUGAGCAGCCUUUUGCUUACUGGAAAUACACAGAGAAACAUGGCUGAAAACAACUUUAAAAGGAUCAGAUGUCUUUGGGUUCACGUGUGGUGCUGCUGCCUGGGGUGCAACCCACCCCCACCCAGGGCCAGCCACUAUCAUCAAACCUGUGCUGGGCCUGGCUGUGAAGCCCUGCUUUUGAUAUUCAGAACAGAUGGUCAUCUUUAAGGUUCAGAUGGGCUCAAGUUGAAACCCUGUACUUUAUAAAAUGGAUGUUUAGUAAAGGAACUGGUUCUCAGUUAUGUUUACAGCA